CGUAGUUUAUGGACAGCCCCUCGGCGGGGCUUAUCACCGUCAACCAAUGUGGCCGAUUACGCUAACCUGCUUCGACACGAAAACAUCGCAGCCUAAGCUACGUGGGCUGUUUGAAGCUUCCUUGCAGUGCUACCUACAGUUUCAAAACAACGAUGGACGCACUCGAACGGAAACUGAUUGACGAAUUCUUGGCAUCGAAUGUCGCCGUGCAGGUUCAGGAAAGAUUCAAAACCCAAGCUGCUCGGUUGAUAGCGGCCGGUGAGAAAUACGGUUUGGUGUUGACGGACAGCGUGUUCACGGCAGCCACCAGACAGCAGGUGUUCGAAUUCCUGGGUCAUGUCGUCAACUUGUCCGCGAGUAGAAGUGUUCAAGCUUUGGAGGGCGAUCAGCUUUUGGAUGUUCGGACGGAGCCUCUGCAGAAGUUGACAAAUGAAAUGGCUGCCCUCCACCUGUCGGUAAUUCCUAUGAUUCUGGUGUCACUGGAAGCCGACCGAAGGUACUGCUUGAAGGAAUCGAUUGUGGUAAAAGUGGCCACAAGAGCUGGAGACAUAAGCUACAUGGAUCUGGAUGGACGGUGUUUCACACAACUGGAGCCUUUUUUGCAGAAGACGAAGCUUCCGUUCGGGAUUCUUUGCCACUUGGAGCCAGAUAGCGUUUUGGACGUGGAGAAUCAUCGAUUGGCAAUGAAGUUCAAGGUAGUUGGACGGCAGUUGAUGGUUCAGAGCGUUGCGGACGGAUUGCUGACGGCAUUCAAUAUAGUGGGCAGUUUGGCGUUGAUUGUCACUUCUGGCUUCUGGAUCACGGCGAUUGGAUUGUUGACCGCUGGGACGAGCAUCUACCUCAUAAUGAGAGGUGUAAUGGGAUUUCUUGAGAUAUAUCGCCAAGGUCAAAUGCGAGGGCAACGGUUCACAAUGUUCAAUAAUUUACUGCUUACGGUUUUCAACAUUGCAUCGCUCGUGUUCGUCAGCCUUCCGUACAGCAUUGGAACCAUGGCGCUAAAAGACUCGUCAAAAUUCUUCCUAGUUCUUUGUGCCUUCGUUGAUAUUUGGUGGUUGGUAAUGAGGCGACCAAUGCACACUCGAGGAUGGGUAGAUGUGUGAAAACGGUGAUGCCCAGUGACGAAUUCCGAAUAUAGAUUUAGGUUUAUUAAAUUUGACAGACUAGAUGCUUAUCAGUAGUAGAUAAAUAUAAAUCUUUUGAACAUUUAUUCAUGCUUUUCCAAUCAUAAAGUGAAACUUACAAAUAAAAUUUUCAAAUUCAA